AUGUGUCUACAUAGAAUAAGUGCAAACAAAUUUAUAAAUAUACACAAAAUAACAGCUGUGCACUUUCUGUGCAUCUAUAAUGAGAUAAUUCUUCUUUUUUCCCCUCCUCUCUUUUUGACACCUCCCUCUCUCUGCUGGCCAUUCAUUCUCUCUUUCUCUCUCUCAUCCUUUACCUUUUGUUCUCUCUCUUCCUUUUUCUUUCCUUGUGUCUCUCUCACCAUCCGUGGCUUUCAUUCUCACUCUCAUCAUUCAUUCUCUCUCCCCUCCUAUCCUUUCUUUCUCAGUCUUCCUUUACUGUUCCUGUUGUCUCUCCCUCUCGAUCUCCAUUUUCCUUCCUUUUGUCUUUUUCUUCCUUCUGUUAUCUCUCUCUUCCUUCUCCCUCUCUCAGUUUAUACUUCUUUCAUUUUCCCACAUUUCAUUCUCUCUCUCUUCUCACAUUUUUCAUUCUCUCUCUCUUCCCAUUUAUUGCCUUCUCUUUUUCCCCAUUCUCUUCAUUCUUUUAACUGUCUCACCAUUCUCUCUCUUCCCACUCUUUUUAUUUUCUCCCUCUUCCCAUUUUUUCCUCUCUCUUUUCCCACUCCAUUUGUUUUUUCUAGGCCCUCUCUCCAUUCUCUCAACUUUCACACCUCCUCAUUCUCCCCCUAUCCCCUUUUAUCUUUCCACUUUCUUCAUUCUUUUUCUCUCUCCUAUUUCAUUUUUCACCUCAUUUCAUUCUUCAUUUUCUCACUUGUUCAUUCUUUCUCUCGCUUCCAACUGUCUCCAUUUUCUCUUUCUCUCUCUUCCCAUUUUUUCCUUCUCUCUUUUUCCAUGUUCAUUGUUCUUUCUUACCAAUCUCUUCUUUCUCUCAACUUUGACCAUUCUCUCUCUCUCUCACAUUUUAUUCUCUUUAUUCUCUCUCUCCCAUUUAUUUCCGUCUCUCUUUUCCUAUGUUCUUUGCUCUAA